AUUUUCUCUACAAUGAGUACUACACAAUACUUGAACAUGAGUAUUUUAACAGUGUGGUAUAUUGUGUAUAAAGUGUUUGAACAGACUUUUAACCUGGUAGUUUAACUCAUAUACAGUCGUUUAAAUGAAAUUAAACCGGUUCAUUCAUGUUGUGGCAGUCUCAACACGACUUAUAACUUCCUGGUAGUAUUUAGAACACCGUUUAAAGGUUUUAAUGAUAAACUAAGACGUGUUUGAGUCUGAAUCUGAGAUGUUUUGUAACAUCGUUUUCACACUGUUUUGUAACCUCGCCCAAACAAAGACGUUGAUUUCCCCGCAGCUGGCCUGUAGCACGUGAUCUCUCUACUCGCCACCUGAUUGGCUCCGUCACAGCGUCAGUUUAAAGAACCAAGCGCGAGCGGCGUUCCUAUUGGCCGACUGCGUUCCGGCGCCAAUAUUCCAAUAUAAAGAGGGAGCAGACAGCAGCAGGAGCCGCUCAGUCGCUCUCCUGCUUUUAACUUUCACACCGUAAUUUAUGUCAUUUUAAACCCGUCACAAUGCUUUCUGCUCGCGCGCCUCUGUCCGCGAAGAAGGAGAACUCUCUCAGCAGUGAGAUGAACAAGAUGGCGCUGGACAAAGAAAACACGCCCCCGAGCCUGAACACCACGCGCAUUUUAGCGUCUAAAACCGCGCGGAAAAUCUUCUCCGACUCUGAGCCUAAAGCGAUGAAGAAGAUGGAGGAAGAGGAGCCGCUGCUGAAGGAGAACCCUCGGCGCUUCGUGGUCUUCCCGAUCCAGUACCACGACAUCUGGCAGAUGUACAAGAAGGCCGAGGCGUCGUUCUGGACCGCGGAGGAGGUGGAUCUGUCCAAGGACGUGCAGCACUGGGAGGCUCUGAAGGACGACGAGAGGUUCUUCAUCUCUCACGUGUUGGCCUUCUUCGCCGCCAGCGACGGCAUCGUCAACGAGAACCUGGUGGAGCGCUUCUCACAGGAGGUGCAGGUGACGGAGGCCAGGUGUUUCUAUGGUUUCCAGAUCGCCAUGGAGAACAUCCACUCAGAGAUGUACAGCCUCCUGAUCAACACCUACAUCAAGGAGCCCGCUGAGAGAGAGUUCCUGUUUAACGCCGUGGAGACGCUGCCCUGCGUGAAGAAGAAGGCCGACUGGGCCAUCAACUGGAUCGGGAACAAGAGCGCCAACUACGGAGAGCGCGUGGUGGCCUUCGCGGCCGUGGAGGGGAUCUUCUUCUCCGGGUCCUUUGCUGCCAUCUUCUGGCUGAAGAAGAGAGGCCUGAUGCCCGGACUCACCUUCUCCAACGAGCUCAUCAGCAGAGACGAGGGUCUUCACUGUGACUUUGCCUGUCUGAUGUUCACUCUGUGGUGCGUUCAGGGUCUUCACUGUGACUUUGCCUGUCUGAUGUUCACUCUGUGGUGCGUUCAGGGUCUUCACUGUGACUUUGCCUGUCUGAUGUUCACUCUGUGGUGCGUUCAGGGUCUCUUCACUGUGACUUUGCCUGUCUGAUGUUCAUUCUGUGGUGCGUUCAGGGUCUUCACUGUGACUUUGCCUGUCUGAUGUUCACUCUGUGGUGCGUUCAGGGUCUUCACUGUGACUUUGCCUGUCUGAUGUUCAUUCUGUGGUGCGUUCAGGGUCU